UGCGAGGCUGUGGUCCUGGUGACUUUGAUAUGCAAUGGGCAUUCAUUUUCCCAGCUUGAAGUGAUAGCAAAAUUUAUCUUUAGAAUUGUGGCAGAUGGGUAUUUUGCAGCCGCAUAAUUUGAAUAUUUAACGUACAGUUUAAAAUUGUGAUAUUAUGCUAGUUGUCCGCAGAUGAAAUCAAUUCAGUUCCGUCAUUAUGAAGAUGGUGGACGGCCAACGAUCAUGAAUGGAAGGUCAUGAUGAAAAGGCAAAUAAAAGUAUAGUUGUGACUCCAUAUAUAGCGAAUUCUAGACGUUAUCCUUCUCUCCAUCUUCCUUUCUUCACAUUCGUAUCGUAGCAACAGAUAGAGAGAAGAAAACUUCCACAGAUAAUAAUUCAUCCGUACGUACUGAACUCGCUUAGAUGAAACUACAAUGGAUAAUUGUUUCCAUUUCAGCUACUCUGUAUUGAAGUUUCAGCUCCUUUUAGUCUGAAACACUAGCAGCAUUCUGUUUCCCGUUAUUGAAAUUUCGAAAUAUGGAGCUGCCCAAAUUAUCUGCAAAUGAUGAUAAGGAUCAGCGACGAUCAGUUGAUGUGUUUGAACCGAAAGCAAGUGAUGGUGGUGUUGGACAAUCGAGUAGUGUAAAACAAGAAGCAUCAUCAAAAACUGCCGUUCUUAAUAGUAGUACUUGUACCAACAAGGACACUGUUAACAAAUGGACGGUGUUUGAAAAAGAAGAGAGUGGUGGCAAGACAGAAUCGAAUGGCACUAGUCUCCAGACGGAGGGGAAUCAAAUAUUAACAGGACCUAGCAUAGCUGACAGGACAGCGGAAUGGGGAUUUGUGGUGCAGAAACACAUUGGAGAUGGAAGUUUCAAAGCCGUUGGCGGUGAGGGGAGCAAAAAUUCAUCAGAAAGAUUUGCAGUGGAUUCCACAAGGACAUCGGAAGAAUCAGAAUCAGGGUCCUUCCCAAGAGUGUCUCAAGAAUUGAAGGAGGCUUUAGCAACAUUGCAACAAACAUUUGUCGUGUCUGAUGCUACUAAACCGGAUUGCCCAAUUAUGUAUGCCAGCAGUGGAUUUUUUGGUAUGACCGGUUACUCUUCCAAGGAAGUCAUUGGAAGAAACUGCCGGUUUCUUCAAGGUCCGGAUACAGAUAGAGAUGAGGUGGUGAAGAUACGAGAUGCAGUGAAGAAUGGGACAAGCUACUGCGGGAGGCUGUUGAAUUACAAAAAGGAUGGUACUCCCUUUUGGAAUCUGCUCACUGUCACCCCUAUCAAAGAUGACAGUGGCAAAGCCAUCAAAUUUAUUGGAAUGCAGGUUGAGGUCAGCAAAUACACAGAAGGUAUAAAUGAUAAGGCAUUACGGCCAAAUGGAUUGCCUAGGUCGCUGAUCCGGUAUGAUGCUCGUCAAAAGGAAAAAGCUUUAUGUUCCAUCACAGAGGUAGUCCAGACAAUGAAACAUCCACAAUCUCACAAGCCAACUGGAAGUCUUGUUACUAUUGAAGAUCUUGGAGAGCAUGAGAAAUUCAACCUCGACUAUGUUUUGCCUAAGUCAGUUAAUACACCUGGUAGACAAACUCAGAGUGAUUACACAAGUGAUAUGCGUCACUCAAGUUCUCUUAAUGAAGUUGGCAAAAAUUCUAGACAAUCAGGGCGCAGUUCUUUUAUAAGACUUAAAGGGAGGUCUUCAAGCUUUGCAGGAAAGGAUGAACCUGAACUAAUUAUUGCACCCGAAGUUUUAAUGACUAAAGAUGUAGAGUGUAUAGACAGUUGGGACAGUGCAGAAAGAGAGAGGGAUAUUCGUCAGGGAAUUGAUCUAGCAACCACAUUGGAACGCAUUGAAAAGAAUUUUGUUAUCACAGAUCCAAGGCUUCCAGAUAAUCCUAUUAUUUUUGCAUCAGAUAGUUUUCUUGAAUUGACUGAAUAUACACGUGAGGAAAUUUUGGGAAGAAAUUGUCGGUUUCUUCAAGGACCUGAAACUGAUCAAACAACUGUCCAAAAGAUAAGAGAUGCAAUUAGAGAACAGAAGGAAAUUACUGUUCAGUUGAUCAACUACACCAAGAGUGGAAGGAAAUUUUGGAACCUAUUCCAUUUGCAACCCAUGCGUGAUCAAAAGGGUGAGCUUCAGUACUUCAUUGGUGUCCAACUCGAUGGAAGUGAUCAUUUGGAACCCUUGAGGAACCGCUUGUCAGAGAAUACAGAGCAAAAAAGUACAAAGUUUGUCAAAGCUACUGCAGAAAAUGUUGAUGAAGCUGUUCGAGAACUUCCUGAUGCCAACUUGAGACCAGAAGACUUGUGGAAAAUCCACUCUCAACCUGUUUUUCCACGACCACACAAAAAGCACAAUGCUUGUUGGGUAGCAAUACAAAAGAUCACUGGACGUGGUGAAAAAAUUGGUUUACAUCAUUUCAAGCCAAUAAAACCCUUGGGUUGUGGUGAUACUGGCAGUGUUCACCUGGUGGAACUGAAAGAGACUGGUGAACUGUAUGCUAUGAAGGCAAUGGAAAAAUCUGUAAUGAUAAAUCGUAAUAAGGUUCACCGAGCAUGUGUUGAAAGGGAAAUAAUGUCAUUAUUGGAUCAUCCUUUUUUACCCACACUCUAUGCUUCCUUUCAGACUCCUACACACUUAUGUUUGGUAACAGACUUUUGCUCUGGUGGAGAGUUAUUUGCUUUACUUGAUAAGCAGCCUAUGAAGUUAUUUAAAGAGGAAUCUGCCAGGUUCUAUGCUGCAGAGGUUGUAAUUGGCUUGGAAUAUCUUCAUUGUUUAGGAAUAAUUUAUCGAGACCUGAAGCCUGAAAAUAUUUUACUCCAGAAAGAUGGGCAUAUCUUAUUAAGUGACUUUGAUUUAUCAUUCAUGACAUCAUGUAAACCCCGGAUUAUUAAGCAUCCCCUGCCUAAUCAUAGGAGAAGAUCCAGGAGUCAGCCACUGCCAACAUUUUUGGCAGAACCAGUUACAAUUUCAAAUUCAUUUGUUGGAACUGAAGAGUACAUUGCUCCGGAAAUUAUUACAGGUUCAGGCCACAGCAGUGCUAUUGAUUGGUGGGCUCUUGGUAUUUUAUUGUAUGAGAUGCUCUACGGCCGUACACCUUUCAGAGGUAAAAAUAGACAGAAGACAUUUGCCAACAUUUUGCACAAAGACCUCACUUUUCCAAGUAGCAUUCCGGUCAGUCUUGCAGGCAGGCAGCUGAUUCAUUUGUUGUUGAACAGAAAUCCUGUCGAUCGUUUAGGAUCAAAUAAUGGUGCCAAUGAAAUUAAACAGCAUCCUUUCUUCCGCGGCAUCAAUUGGCCUCUGAUUCGCACCAUGAGCCCGCCCCCGCUAGAUGCACCUCUUCGGUUAAUUGGAAAAGAUCCGAAAGCCAAUGAUGCCAAUUGGGAAGAUGAUGGAGUGCUCGUUAAUUCUGUAGAUUUGGACCUUUUCUAAAGAAAAUGGGAUACAUAGGAUAUUGCUGACAAUGAAGAUAAUGGACAAGAUCCUGCCAUGACGUCGUCCGAAACCUAAAGUAAAACAUGUAUGCCAUAUGCCAUAUUAUUUGAUUUCUAUGGAACAAUUAAGACCUUGCCUGUAUUUAACCAUGUAAGUCACAGGUCCCAUCACCCCCAUUCAUUUUGGGACUCUGCUUUUGGCCGUAGCUGUAGAUAUUAAACUUCUGUCUACCCAGUGAGUAAGUGUUAUAAAUAAGGCCAUAGGACUAUGUCCCAUCAAGGUUUAGUGAAAUGAUAAAUUCUUAUUUAUCAA